GUCACCAACAAACACACACAAACAGAGACACCUGUACACACAGACAUGUACAUACACACACAGAAACAUGUACACACAUGCGCAGAGACACAUGUACACACACACAUACAGACACAUGUAUACACACACGUACACGUAUACACACAGAUACAUGUACAUACACAGAAAUACAUGUACAUACAUACACAGACACAUGUACACACAGACAUAUGUACAUACACACACACACAUAUGUACAUGCACACACACACAAACACAUGUACACACAGACACAUGUACACACACACGCAUACACAUUUACAUGCAUACACAGACACACACAAACACACACACAUGUACACGUACACACACACACACACACAUAAAAAGUUACAAUACUUUGUUGUUCACUCACAGAGCAUGGUACUGCACUCUAGGGGGAGGCAGAGAGCACAGCACACACUCCUUCCUUUGCUUUCACUGCGCUCAACUAUUGAUCAGUCUGACAGCUCCCAGUGCCAAUGACAGAUCCGGCCUGAGCUCCGAGCCUGCUCAGCUAGACGGCCCUGGGGGACACACUCGCCCCCACCAUAAUUUCCACUUGCCAUUGGCAAUCAGGCGAGAGGAAAUUUCAAGC